AUGCACUUUCUUUUGCCUCCUUCAGACAAAGCAGUCAUAUCACUGCGCCUGCAACAAAAUCCGGAGGCAUGCAGCAAGGAACUGAGAGAACGAGCACUUGCUGCUGAAGCAGAACCGGUUGAGAAUGCUGAGUCCGCAGACGCUGCCCGCGCCAUGCACUCGGAGCUGUCCCGACUCUGGCUGCUGUUGCGACAUCUCCGCAGCGCCCCGCGCUUUCCGGGAGAAAGCGACCUGGAUCUGGCGCACUUCCCAGCGUAUGGCAUUGCCACUACGGAUCAUAUCCCGGACGCACAGGGAUGGUUCCACGGAGCCGAUGAGGAGGGCUUAGCCUAUUUUCAAACGAACGCUCAGGACGUCAGUGACACUCCAGCCAGCCGUAGGGCCAGGACCUGGAGCACUUCGACACCAAAGUUUCUGGGCAAUGAGGUCUUGUCCAGUGAAGAUCUCAAGACGCAACGUACUGAGAGCGGUUUGACACAGUGCCGGAAAGACAAGAAGGGGGCGCUGACGGGUGUCUUCAUUCCCACCUGUGAGAACAUGUGGGGCGUGCUGAUCUUUCUGCGAUUUUACUACAUUGUGGGAGAGGCGGGCAUUUGGCAAACGCUGUGUGCGGUUCUGCUGUCCUUCGCUGCUGCCUUUUGUGCCACUUGUGCCAUGUCAUCCAUUGCGUCCUCGGGGGGCUUGGUCAGUUCUGGUGGGCCCUACUACAUGAUCUCAAGAGCACUAGGACCCGUGGUCGGUGCAACCAUUGGGAUAAUGUAUUGGUUGGCCAUCACCAUGUUGUCAGUCUUAGAAUGCCUCGGAGCCGUUGAGGCCCUGGCGAUGGCGGCACCUUCCAUGCGAUUUCCAGGUUUUCGGCAGGCCCUAGGCUCUGCCAGCAUGGCUUUGUUGGCGCUGGCCGUCUGGGGAGGCAUGAAUAUCGUGACGAAAUUGGGUCUUCUUUUCGCACUGGUCGUGGUCUUCACACUUUUCAGCUUCUACUUGGGCCUCUUCAUGACGGGACCAGGGACGGUGUCUCCGGAUGUCCCUGGCAGCGAAUACGAGACCUUUCAAAGCAAUUGGAGCCCUCACUACGACUCAAACGUUGGCUUUGGGACCGUCUUGAGUCUCUUCUAUCCAUGCUUUACAGGCAUCUUGAGUGGCGCGAACCGGGCUGAUGUUCUCAAGGACCCGCCGCGAAAUAUUCGUAUUGGCACCUUCGGGGCUAUUGUGUUUAGUUUCUUCCUCUAUACUUCUUUCUUCCUGCUCUGGGGAAGCGUUGCCACCGACACUUACCUCAAGGGUAACUUUUUGGAUGAUCCUCAUGCCAGAAGGCUGUCCUCUGGCGGCGACAUCUCGGAGGAGGCUGGCCGACGAGGCGUUGCGGCGUUGCGCCGUUCCCAACCGAGCGCCGCUGCGGGUGGCAGAAAACACGUUUGGUUGCUCAAAACGAGAGCCGUGGUCAACGGAGAAUCAAGUGCCGGUUGAUGG